UAGAGCGCAGCGACCUACAACUAGACUGUUCGCGCGGGACACAUGGACGGACGGACGCACAGACGGCCAGCGGGAAUCCCCCGGACCAUGGGCCGCCGCUGUUGCCUGGGGUGGGACUUCAGCACGCAGCAGGUUAAAGUUGUUGCUAUUGAUGCCGAGCUGAGCAUCUUCUAUGAGGACAGUGUGCAUUUUGACAGAGACCUACCUGAAUUUGGAACUCAGGGCGGUGUCCAUGUACACAAGGACAGGCUGACGGUCACCUCUCCGGUCCUGAUGUGGGUCCAGGCUCUGGACCUGAUCCUGGAGAAGAUGAAGGCUUCCGGCUUCGACUUCUCUCAAGUUCUAGCCUUAUCUGGAGCAGGCCAGCAACACGGAAGCGUUUACUGGAAGGCUGGAGCCAGCCGGACACUGUCAAGCCUGUCACCUUCUCUCCCAUUACAUCAGCAGCUGCAGGCCUGCUUCUCCGUUAGCGACUGCCCCGUGUGGAUGGAUUCCAGUACCACGGCCCAGUGUCGCCGGCUGGAGGCUGCUGUGGGUGGAGCCCGGGCUCUCAGCUGCCUCACGGGGUCACGGGCCUAUGAGCGUUUUACGGGGAACCAGAUAGCGAAGCUUUCCCAGCAGGACCCUGAGGCCUAUUCGCACUGUGAGAGAAUUUCCUUGGUCAGUAGCUUUGCUGCCUCGCUGUUCCUGGGUGGAUACUCGCCCAUCGACUACAGUGAUGGUUCUGGAAUGAACUUGUUACAGAUCCAGGAAAAAGUCUGGUCCCAAGCUUGCCUUGCCGCCUGUGCCCCCCAUCUGGAGGAAAAGCUCGGCUCACCCGUCCCUUCGUGCUCGGUUGUGGGAACCAUUUCUUCCUACUAUGUCCAGCGCUACGGAUUCUCUCCAGGAUGCCAAGUGGUGGCCUUCACUGGGGACAACCCAGCGUCCCUGGCAGGCAUGAGGCUGGAGGAAGGUGACAUUGCGGUCAGCCUGGGCACCAGCGACACCCUGUUUCUCUGGCUCCGGGAGCCCAUGCCUGCCCUGGAAGGUCACAUCUUCUGCAACCCGGUGGACGUGCAGCACUACAUGGCCCUGCUGUGCUUUAAAAAUGGCUCCCUCAUGAGAGAGAAGAUCCGAGAUGAAUCUGCUUCCUGUUCCUGGAACAAGUUCUCUAAGGCCCUGCAGUCCACAGAGAUAGGGAACAAGGGAAACUUGGGUUUUUAUUUUGAUGUAAUGGAGAUCACCCCUGAAAUUAUCGGGCGUCAUAGGUUUAAUGCAGAAAACAUUGAGGUCUCUGCGUUCCCGGGGGAUGUGGAGAUUCGAGCACUGAUUGAAGGACAGUUCCUGGCCAAGAGGAUUCAUGCUGAAGGCCUGGGCUACCGAGUCAUGCCCAAGUCAAAGAUUCUGGCUACGGGAGGAGCAUCUCACAAUAAGGACAUCCUGCAGGUGCUUGCAGAUGUUUUUGGGGUCCCUGUGUAUGUCAUAGACACCACCAGUUCGGCCUGCGUGGGCUCCGCAUACCGAGCUUUUCAUGGCAAGAAUGAACCCAUAGCCUUUGUCUUGUAUGCUCUUGCGAGAGUGGAGAAAGGGAGGAAGAAUUCAAACUGCAUGAAUCUUAUCAGAGUCAAGCCCUGUAAAGAGAGACCGGAAAAGCCGCCUCGCAGGAGGGACGGGUGUGUCCUUUUCAGAGGUGGUGAAAUCAGCCCCACAUCCCAGCCUGGCUGCCACGCCGAGUCCAGGAGCUUCCCAGGUCUACGAGGCCCUGCUCCCUCGAUAUGCUGAACUUGAACAGAGAAUCUUGUCUCGGGCCCGGGGACCUCUGGAAUGAUUUCUGAGGGCCCAGGCACCCUGCUGGUGUCACCCUCCCACCUGCCCAGACGCUCAGGUGGCACCUGUCCUCUUGUUUGGUCCAGCAGGUCUGGGCUGUGCUGACUCAGUGGAGCGCUCCUGUCCUGUUCUGGACCAUCCUGAGGCCAGAACUCCCUGGAGACGUGGGCUGUGUGCCCUGGGGUGGGAAAGCAUUUUCUCCCUUUCUCUCUUUCAUUCAGGAAAACACAGAGUGUAAAGUAUGGCCACCAGAGACAAUCAUGUCCCCUUCCAAAGGCAGAAACUCUCUUUCAGCAACAAAAUAGAGAGACAGCCUUCUCCCGGACUCUGACCACUCCUCUGCCCUUACCUUCAGCCACCUCACCACACUGGGACCACUCCCUCCAUCCUUCCCUGCAAACAGACUUUAGCUACUUCUCCCCUCCUGUCCCCCUCUCAGCUGUUUCCACCCCCUGCUUCUGUGGUUUCCCAGGGUCCUCUCCUGUCUGUCCAUCUUCUGCCCUUCAUCCUCCCCCACCCCACACCCACCUGCUCUAACUUCCCUCUCAAGAUGAGCCUCAUGGGCCUGGUGAACAUUUUUCCUGCACCUUCUCCCAGCUGACCUGGCCGGGCCGUCUCCAGGAUAAACACUGUGGGGUUCUUCCCUAUUUCCCUGCAGUUCACAUGACGACAAAAUUGUGUGUUUCUCUGCAAGAAGUUUUUAAAUUCUGGAUUUCUCUCUUUUCUUUUCUCUUUGUUAGUUUUGUUUUUUUUUGAGACAGGGUUUUUUUUUGUGUGUGUGUGUGUGUGUGUGUGUGUGUGUAGCCCCGGCUGUCCUGGACCUCACUCUGUAGACCAGGCUAGCCUCAAACUCACAGAGAUCCACCUGCUUCUCCCCCAAGCGCUGGGAUUAAAGUGGUGCACCAUUGUACCCUGCAUCUUUCUUUUCUUUUUCUUUUUUCUUUUUUUUCGGGGGAGGGGUCUCCUGUAGCCCAGGCUGCUCUUGAACUUCUUUGCAGCUGAAGGUGACCUCAAACUCCUGAUCUUCCUGCCACCAUCUCCCAGGGUUAGGCAAUACCAGGGAUCUAACCCGUGGCCUCAUAUGUCUAGGCAAACAUGACCUGCUGCACCACAUUCCAGCCUAGAUUUCCUUUUCACUCGGCACACUUUAUGACCCUCACUUUAGCGUCCUAUGUAUUUGAGCACAUGCUGGCUCCUCCCUCCUUCCCCUUCACUCCUGGGCUACCUUAUAUGUCUCUGUUUCUUCCUCGGAUUUCCCCUGGGAUCUCAUCCCUGCAUCACCCUCUGCCACACAGCUGGCUGCGCUGAGCUCAGGACUUGUUUUAAACCAGAUCUGAUACAGUGGCAAGAUGAGACCAGGUGCCUCAGAACAGUGACUGCUGGGAAGGCAAAGGGAGCAAGCAUAGGCUGGAAGAGCAGUGUGUCUCCAUGCGGAGCCACUUCCUUGGAAGGGAAGGCUCAGUGUGGGAGGGGGAAAGAAGCAGCAAGCAGCCAUCUUGAUCACAGCAAACCCACAAUGGACAUGGAAGGAAACGGCCACUGGGAUGUUGCUUGUGACAGAGAUUUUACACUAUGGACCAACAGCAAAGGCUUCUGGGACCACAGAACAGUAAACAGGAUGACAUUCCAACAUAGAGCUUUCGCACCGUAAAUCCAACAGUUGUAGAUGAAAAAAAGGACACCGUAGGUGACAAAUUAAAAGACAAAUACAAAUGGAAAGACAGCAAGCCUCAAGAGAGCGACUAAACAGAAGAAUAGCAUUGUGACAGACAUGGAGACUAAUCAAAGAGGAGGUAGAUAUGGCAGGAAGUUCAGGGAGACCCCAGAGAAGAAAGGAGAAGAAUAAAGAUGCAGAAAGACAACAUGGCUAAUGUUGGAACAUUAGAGCUGUCAAAAACGAAAGACAGGAUCCUUGGUGAUGUUUAAAACUACCCAAAAUAAAAACAAAAAUUUGAAAACA